AUGGCCACCAAUUGCCCGGAGAAGAAGAAAUAUGAGACUGGUAGGGUGCAGCAGCCAGGGAGAGUAUACACCACUUCUACUAUUGGUGCUGAGGGAUCUGAGACACUGAUUAGAGGUUAUGAUUUGAAAGUAUAUAAUGCUACUCAUGAAGCUAUGGUGACUAGGAUAGGAUGUCCACAAGUUCCCUUUCGAGUACAACAGCGUGAAUUUGUGCAUGAUUUGAUUUGUUUGCCUAUGACUGGUCUUGAUCUCAUUUUAGGAUUGGAUUGGUUAUCCAAGAAUCAUGUUUUACUUGAUUGUUCUGAAAAGUCAGUACAGUUUAUGCCGGAAGGUUCAGAAGCACCAGUUGUGGUGAAUAGUUACUAUUUGAAUUAUAUGAUAGUAAACUGUUCUGGAACCGAAUGUCAGGGUAUUAUGUUAUUAACUGCGGGAGUAUCAGGUGAUGAUCAGAGUUUAGAGCAGAUUCCGGUUGUAUGUGAAUUUCCAGAUGUGUUUCCGGAUGAUAUUAAUGAAUUCCCACCUAAUCGAGAGGUUGAAUUUACAAUCGAAUCGAUGAUCUAA